AUGGACGCACUGGCAGCAUACGGAUCGGACUCUGACGACUCUGGCUCAGAGUCUGGCCACAUUACUACAUCUCACACGACAAAGCAGACAACACUGACAUCGACAACAACAACGCAAUCAGGAGGCAAGAUCAGUUCAUUGUCAAACCUGCUGCCACCACCAAAGUCAGCAGGAGGAAGUGCAGUAGGACAGGCAAAGGUCAGCAAGUACAGCUCGAUGCCGACGAUGGAAGAUGGCUCAGACUCUGAGGAGGAGGAAUCAGAGUUUCGGAAAAAGGCGAGGCUUGCAGCAGCAGCCAACAGUGGUGGAGCCGCAGGCGUCGGUGCCUUGUUUGCAAUGCUCCCUGCGCCCAAGAACGCACCUCCAGGAACUGCAGGAUCGAAACAAGCUGCGGCGGCAAAGACGACAGGAUUCAUGCCUAGGACAGUCAAGAAAUCUACGCCUGCAGUCGUCAAGAAACCAACACCGACUGUUGUGGAUGAAAAGGACGAACAGGAUAAUAGGGAGGACGAUGACGACGAUGACGACGACGAAGGACCCGUUUCUUUCUUCCCGCUCGGAUCUGCUGCAACUGGAAGCUCAGCCUCAGCCUCGGGAUCAGGAUCGUCGUCAAAACCAGCAGCGUCCAACUCUUAUAUCCCACUCUUUUUCGAUAAAAAGCCAUUGACGACCGAGGAGCAACAGGCCCAGACCGCAACGUAUGUCGAUGUUUCCGCUUCUAACGAGCAAUAUGCCUACCCCAGCAACGAUCAGUACGCCUACCCAACGAAUGAUCAGUAUGCAUAUCCUACAAACGACCAAUAUGCCUAUCCAACAAACGACCAGUAUGCCUACUCAACAAACGAAACCUAUACUGGAGCACAGUAUGCCGAAUCAUCAACCAGCGGCUCAAGCACAGGAGGCCGAGGUUCCAACAUGAUCGAGCUCGACGACGUCGGGCUGCAAAAACUGGGAAUGAGAAAGGCAAGGGAUGCGCCUAUCAAUGUCAUUGACGUCUAUGCGAAGGAUCAGAUGGGUCAAUCACAGCAAGUGCGAGCGGCCAUGGGCACAUCCAGCCAAACACAGCCCAAGCCCGUCGAUCUGGCCUCCAUUGAGCAUUUGAAACCAACGGCGGGACAAAAGCGCAAGCACAACAUCAUGUCGCUGGCAUACCAGGCCAAGGCGAACCAGCACCAACUGAGCGCGUCUUGGGCAUCCAGCCGUCAAACCAAGGCAGAGACUCAGUCCAAGUACGGAUUCUAG